CUUGGGAGGAGGAGGCGGCGGAAGUUUCGUUCGUCGGAGAGAAAGAGCGGGUGAAGAAGCGCCAUGGCGGCUUCCACUAAUAGCGGCGGCGGCCGGCGGGCAGAUAACGGCUGUGGAGCCACUGGGCAGCAGCCGGCGGGCUCCCGGCGGCGGAAAGGCCCUGGCGCCUUAGCCACGGCCUACCUGGUCAUUUACAACGUGGUUAUGACGGCCGGAUGGCUUGUUAUAGCAGUUGGCUUAGUCAGAGCAUACCUCGCUACAGGCAGCUACCACAACCUUUACUAUUCAAUAGAAAAGCCUUUGAAGUUCUUCCAAACUGGAGCCUUGCUUGAGAUCGUGCACUGUGCAGUAGGGAUUGUUCCCUCUUCUGUUGUCCUGACUGCUUUCCAGGUGAUGUCAAGAGUUUUUCUGACAUGGGCAAUAACCCAUAGCGUAAAAGAGGUACAAAGCGAAGACAGUGUUCUCCUCUUUGUUAUCGCCUGGACGAUCACAGAGAUAAUCCGUUAUUCCUUUUAUACUUUCAGUUUAUUAAACCAUCUCCCUUAUAUCAUCAAAUGGGCCAGGUACACACUGUUCAUUGUACUGUAUCCAAUGGGAGUUUCAGGAGAAUUGCUCACAAUAUAUGCUGCUUUGCCCUUUGUGAGGCGAUCCAAUUUAUAUUCCAUUAGCUUACCUAACAAAUACAAUUUCUCAUUUGACUACUAUACAUUCCUGAUCCUGACCAUGUUAUCCUAUAUUCCAAUCUUCCCUCAACUAUAUUUUCACAUGCUACAUCAGAGAAGAAAAGUACUUUCACUUACUGAAGAACACAAGAAAUCUGAGUAAUUUCAUCCUUUGGUCAGAAUUAUGCACAUUCACACAGUCACACACACGUUACAGAAACAGAAGCUUAUAAGAGUAUUGAAAUGAGAAAGUCAAAAUUAAAAGCUUGGUAAAUGACUAAAAAUAUAUUUGAACACCUGCGGUUUUUCAAUCAAGUCAUCAUCCUGUGAAACUGGCUUUUCUGUCUAUAUAUUACAGUUAAACAUACUUUGUUAUCAUUCAUUCAUUUAUUUUAUUUUUAAUUUAUUUGCUAAAAUCUUCCUUGAUAACAUAAGUUGAUGGAUCGAGUGAUCAAGUAUUAAGAUUAUUUUCUUUCUUAAAGCUUGUCUAUGUGUCAAAUACUUAUGUGUGUUGUUGUCAGAAAUAUUAUCAGGAAUGUUUUAAACAAUUUGCCUAGAACUGCUGUGAGCAGACUGAUUAACUCCUACAAAAGACUUUGCUGAGUUUGGAUCUGAUGAAGCGAUACUCCUUGAAAUUCUGGGCCUAUUGCAAUGAUUGCGGCAGUAAAAUUGGUUUUAAUGGCACAACUGAGGGCACAUGCUAUUAGUGUCUAACAUCAUGGUCUCCCACAGGAUUCUGUAACCCAAAGAGUCCCAACACUGAGGUACUCUGACCUUGGUGCUCAAACUCUGAUGGUCAAAUCCCCGUCCUGCCCCCCUCUGGCUGGUGUGGAAAGAACCAUGUUCCUGCCUCUCUGAGAGCGAAAAUACACCUCAGGGAGGGGCAAAGGGGGCAUGCUGGGGUAUGAGAAGGAAAGGAAUCUGGAGCCAUCUACCUAGGCUGAUUUCUGUCAGUGCUUUAGCCUUUUUCUCACCUCUCCCUUGCACUUGAUCUAGGUGUCUGAAAAUGGCCAUCUAAAUGAAGCCUGGGUGAGAAAUGGUGAUGAUGGAGACAGCUACCCUCAUACCUUGCUCUGGCCAUUGGAUGCAUGUAAGCCUGCAAGUUUGGAGGCUUACGUGCAUAUAGGGCAGGAGAAUAAGAUAACAUCCUGAGUAGUAUUGCAGAGUGGAGCCUUAAAAUAGUACACAGUGCACAACAAUGUGUGUUCUAAAGGUGCAACUAAAUCUUAUUACCUCAAACUUUUCUUGCAGUUCUUGAAUGCUUUCCUUACAUCGUUUUUCUACUUGACACCCUAUUUUACCGAGAUGCACACAAUAUAAAUUAAUGUGCAACUAACAUUGAUGUUGGCUGAGAACUAUUUCAUGUUUUUGAAUUAACUAUCCAAAUAUAUCAGGUAACUCUGUACAAGUAUAAUUGAAGGUAAAAACAUUUGAUCUUAAUUUUCAGUUCUAUAAGUUAUCAAGAAAGCCUUUUCUUUAAACAAGCUUAUUUAAAGUUCAAACUGUUUUUAACAUCACAACUGAGGUUAUUCUUAAAGGCAGUGUUAAGGCUAGCAAAUACAAAUUUCUUCACAGUGUUCACAGUCAGAGGAUGGAGUGUUCACAAAAAUAACAGAUGAGAAAUCUUAAUUUUACCAAUUUUAAUUAAAUAAUCUGCUUAGACCAUCACAGAGAAGUGGGUUCUAGAGCUAAUCAGGACAGAGCUUUCCCUAGAAGUUGUCAUACUUCAGACACAGCAGGCCAACCUCACUUCUCUGUAGAAGGCAGUCAUACUAGGAAAAGUUGAAGGCAGAAGAAAAGGAAGACCAAAUAAGAGAUGGCUUCAACCGCAGGUGUAACUUGGAAGGGCUGCAGUGGUCUGUUGUGAACAGGACACAAUAGGUUUUCAUUCAUGGAGUUCUAGUAAGCUGGGGACAAAUUGACAGCACAUAACAAUGACAGAAUAGUCUGGUAGACUACACUAAUGGUUACACUUAGGGCCUUGUUUAACACUUAUUAAAAUAGCCAGGUUUUCCUUCUGUUUGAAGAAAGCUAAAGUUUAAUGAUUAGCCCAAGUGGUAUGAGAAAAAGAGAAAUAAUCUGUAACUUCAUUCUUUUGAUAGUGAGGUCCAAUAGAAAAUACUAUUAGCUUGUUCAUGCUUGAAUCUUAUACCCAUUUGCGUCUUUCCUAAAGGUGGCAUGCAGGUUAUCUCACAUUCAUUCCAUCACAUUAAUUUUUUUAUUAGUGUGUUUUGUUCUGUUACCCUAGGAAAAAUAAUCAUUUGACUCACAUUUGGCAUUCCUAUUCUGUCCGAAGAGGUAUUUUUCUUUCAGUCAGCUCAGUUAUUUCCUCUGAUUCAGAUGCACAGUGUCAUUGUAGCGUGCAGAAUUUAUUUCACUGUACCAUCUGUAACAACAUAGCAUCCAGCAGCAGCCUCUACUGUAUGAUUCAUAGCCUGAGACUUGUACAGAAAGUAAAUGCACAUCCACUUUACUGUUUUGAAGGAAAACAGCGGUUGUACAUUAACUCUUUUUUUUUUGCACCUGCUCUGCAAGAAUGCAUCCUGCAUGGGUUGACUACUGUACACAGUGCCCUUAAUGGCUAUGAUGGGUGUAGGUCAAAUACAAGCCUUGCAUUCUGAAUGUCAAGGCCCCUUGUAAGCCUGCAGAAGAAAAUGCUGCUUUCAUCACUGACAUAAUUGCAGCUUAGUCACCAGCUCUACACAGAAUGGUAGGACAUCCACGUGGAUGUAUUUUAAUGUGCUAGAUAGGUAGGUUAUAGUUUGUAUUUACUUAUAGACUCUGGUAGUACUCUCUGUAGCUAGCAAGCCAGCUAUUACCAGACAGCCGUGUAAACCUCAGGAACUCAGAAGAGUCAUAUGGUCCAUCACUUUAACUUAUUGCCUACAGUGAUCAUUUUUCCUCGUACACGGGAGGAAUACAUGGACAUGAUUCAAGAUGCCAGAAGUCUCUGCCUCUGUUUUAUAUCUGUGUUUCAGCUGGAGAGCUUAGUAUUCCUUCUGCAAGUGAUUCUUCAAAGAUCAUUCUAGGAAAAGGCUUAUUCCUGCCAGAUACGAUAUAAAUCAUACUAGAAAUCUGUUAUAUCCUGAUGAGCCCAUCAGAAGCAACACUUUAGGUAUACCAAGGGCAACUCUUGGCCUAGUGUUUCUGCUCUGCAUAUACUUUUCAGAUAAGGAGGAAAUGGAAACUACAGAAUUCUCCACUGCCUUAUCCAGCAGCUAUUCUUGGUUGAUUAACUUCUAUCAGCACAACACAGUUAUGCCGAAUCCAUUCCAAACUGCUGCUACAGCUCUGCGGCACGUAGCUCAUAGCAGAAAAUGAGGGGGGUUGCAACUUACUGCAUCUCUGCAUCACAUAGCCGAGGUACUUAUAUCUACUAUCCCAUAUGACAGUUGAAUGCACACAUGCAUAUCUUUUCAUUGGUCAUAACAUUUUUUCUUGCAAAUGUUGCAGUCACUUCAAGUCACUGCAGUGGCUCCUUGUAGUAUGAAAUGCUGUGAAUGCUUUGUAGGAUCAAUUGUGUGGGUAUUUUGUAAGCUGCUUUUAGCUUCCUGUGGCUAUAAAGUAAUGUAAGCCUGUUUUCAGAAUUUCUUGGGUAUCGUAACGUUUACGUGAGUUUUUGUUCCAAGUUACUUGCCAUUUUGUUGUUUUCUCCUUGGCCAUGCUCAAUAUCUCUCAAGCUCUGAAAGAUAAAGAGCAGCAGCAUUUAAGAAUCAAUGUAGGUCAGAAAUUUCCUUUUAAAAAAUCCAUUUUUUUGCAGUUUCAUUAAUUACAAAUCCAGCAUGCAAAUACUUUUGUGCUUCCAAAAGAAGCUUUUCUGGUUUGCUUGAAAUGAUUGUCUAUCAUGGAGGUUUCAUGGGCUUUUACAGAAACAUGGUUAUGUAAACAAAUGUCUUUUGGACAUAAAUAUCUUGUUCUAGGCACAGCAAUCAUUUAUUUGAAGGACCACUAAUAUGGUAUGGAUUUCCCUCCCUCUGACCAUAGGGACAGCUACUGUCUUGGGACAAAACUCUUCUGACUUCCCAUCUAGCCAUCUCAGCCACAGCACAGAGUAGUGCAACAGCUUCUUUUCUGAGAUGGAGGAAGGUUGAGGUGGGAGAAAAUGGGGCACAAUAGUAGUAUGGGAAGGCCAUGGAUCUGUGGUAUCCACAAGCCUCUGUUCCCCUGCUCACUCACCAAGAGGUAGUUCAGCUAGAUGACAGGCUCAUUAGCCUUAAAUAUGUUAAAAAGUAGGAGGCAAAAAUGUAUCCAUUGUUUCUCCUGCUGAGCCUGCCCAGGCUUAGGUUCAGGAGAAGGCACUGAUUCCAGAGUGCCUCCAUCUACAGGGGUUCACAGUCUCCUAGGAUUGUGCUCUAAAGGGCACUGAAGUAUUGUGAUGUAGCCCUUCCCUCUUUCUACAUCAGUCUUCAGAGUAGUCUGUUCCAUUUGUAUUUUGUUUUCCCAAGAUGCAAAGUCCCAACUAUGGAUAAAACUGUAUUUUGUAGUCUGAUUUGUCACUCAUACAUGGUAAGUCAUAUCUACCAUAGUCUAUGGUAAGGUGUCCCAAGGCGUUUGUAGGGAACAGGAUAGAAAACCUUAAACAAAUAGAAAAGCUAUAAGUAAGUAAGUAAGUAAGUAAGUAAGUAAGUAAGUAAGUAAAUAUCUAGCACAUCCCAUGGCCAGUCCUUACAUGGUUUUGUCCAUAUAAAUUUUGAGAGGCAGAAGCUUCAUAUUUCAAUGGGACUAUGGGAUGUGAAUUUAUGGCCUUUCUGUAAAACGUUGCCUGAAACUGAUGAUGCAGUGUCAUGGGAACCCUUUACCAUCACUUCAUCCUAUUGCUGUAAAAUGGAAAGUCCCAGCCCCUGUCUUUUUGCGCAGUCAUUACCUGAACAGGAUCACGUGCGAUAAUCAGAUGGCGAGGAACCAUAGCUUAUGUUUCAAUCUGAGAGAACAUUUUUUGUCUUACAGUUGAAAUGAAAUGUAUAUCUUUUCCCUAUCUUUAAUUACUUAAGUUGCCUGCUAUUUCCCAAAGAGAUUUGAAAAAGACGGAGAGCUGGCUGUGGAAAGGCAUGCAGGACAAUCAGUUGCUGGAAAACAAUUUGCUCCUUCAGAACUGUGCUAUCACAGAGCUCCAGUUAAACCUGUUAACCCCUUAACUCAGGAUAGGAUAUUUAAAGUGAUAUAUUUUCCUUGGUGAAUUCAGAAAUGACACUGCUAUAGAGAAACUGGCCUAGUCUGCCUCAGUCUAAAAUUCUGAACAAGAGAGUUCCAAAAUGACAGAUCUCUGGAUUGUAUAAUCUACAAUCCCCCUGCACAUACCUUCACUUGUCAAAUGCACUGCCUCAAAGCACUAUUCAGAACGGCAGGAAAGAAUUGCAGCACUCAUCACCUGAUGACUGACAUCUUUAGGCAGAUUUCUCUCUGGACUAUUCUUGGGUUUUUCAGAUACAUUCUACCUUAAAGAGAUGAAGAGAAAAAAAGGGGCUUACCCAGUCACUAAGGUACAUUAGAAAACAGAGAACUUAUGCUAGAAUGCCAUUUUGAGCAAACAGACCAGCAGCCAAAUACUAUAACUGGAUGCAGGACUGAAAAGAAAGUAAGAUCUCUUAGAAUGGAACCAAGAAAUUAGAGACUAGAAUAAUUUUCUAGGACAUCUGCUGAGGUACUGCAAAGGUGAUGUUUGAAGUUUCUGUGUGCUACGUACAUGGCUGUUGCAUACAUUUUCCAGUAAUUCAUGAAUAGAUGGUACCAGCAAAGAUAUCUUUGUCAGCAAAUCCUGUUACAAGAUAGGAAAGGACUCUUGCUGUAUUCCGAAGCUGCCUGUUCAAAAUUUCAUGUAAGGGCCAAAAGUUAUGUUGCCAGCAGAUUUUUGUAAUACUGUACUGGGGUGUGUGUUUCUGAAAAGCAGCUUCAGGAAACUGAUAUCAGAAUAUGGGUAAUGGUAUGUGAAGAAUGCAUUCUGCCCUAGCCGGACAUGCUGGGAAGAGUACAUCUUUUUUCUUGUCUAAACAUGCAUAGGAUAGCAUCCUUGGUUUGCUAAGUCAGAAAUUGCUUACCAGUGCCUUAGACAACUGUGGAAGAAAGGUAGCAUUGUAAAUGAAAGGAAAAGACUAAAAUGGCCAUUGUUGCCCUGCAGCCUCAGUCAGGCUGAGCAAACAAUGACUACUCCGCAUUGGGGAGUCUGGGAACAUAUAUAUGUGCAUUGUUGAUUUUGUUGUUGUACACAAGGAUUGUUCCCCAGGUCACUGAAUGGAGUGAAAGGGCAACCCUGUGUGCAUACAUGCACUUCAAAGUUUUUGGGGCAUGUAUUUGUGAGUAGGAAGGUUCUCUGUUGUAUUAGCUGCUUAAUUAUGUUGUCCAUUUCAUAUACCUUUUUCUGGAAAGAUGAAUCCAUGGUUAGUAAUAGAUUCACACAUGUAAAUAAGCCUUCUGUAAGGUAAACACUCCCCAAGGUAAGAUUUUCUCUAGUCUUUGGUUUUAAUUUCACUGGCUUUUAUUUCCAUUGACAAAAUGGCUGUUACAGUUACUUGAUUUUACUUCAGGACUGCCUUAUUCUUAAUUCCUAUGAAGACAAUCUUUAGAAUCUGGAUUAGAAUUGAAACAUCAGCAUUUUAUUACAUGCGUUAACUUCUUCAUAAUGUAAGCUCAGUAUUCUUAGAUUAGGAAUAAAUUUUGUUUGAAGAACGUAAGAAGUGUGCUUUACAGGAUCAGGCACCUCUAGAGGCUCCAUUUUUUAUGUAGUUGACAAGUCCUCGUACGCCGAUUAUAAAUUUAUGGACUGCACAUAUGACAGAGCCGUAGCAGCAGCUAUUUGCUUGUGCCAUGAUGUUCUUUGUGAUGUAUGUAAAAGUGAUAUAUCUGGAAUUGCUCAAUUUGUAUAUUAACUUUAGUUUCAUCUUGAUCUAGAAUCAUAUGGCAGAGACUGCUCCUUUUUGAGACAAAGAUUUAAUAUGGAGAACUGUUGUUUAUUGCAAAAUAACUGCAGAUUCUGACAAACAUUACUGCUUCUUUCAAAUAAUCUAACAGAAGUGACUGGCAUUUGUGUAUACAGGCCAGUUUAAAUAGUAAUGUUUCAUCUAAAAUGUUUGUUGAUAUACAACUGGAUUUUUAUGCACAUUAUUCAUGUGAUAGAAUUUGAUAAAAUUGUAGCCUUUUUGUAAUUAUUUUCUAUGUUGUGAAAAAUAUUGUUGUAAUUUUUAUAGGUAAUUUACAAUAACAUACAUGUUUUCAAAUAUUUUGAAAUCUAAUGUUAUCUAGAGCCCUGAGAGACAACUUUUUAUGCAUGUUUAGAAGAUAUUCCUACUUGAUUUGUAGAUUUAGACAUUCUCUCCACCCUACCCCAUUAUUAUUGUGAAAUAAAUUAAUUGCAUCUGCCUGGGGUUUGGCAUACUGACAAGUGAUAUCUAAGCAUUAUAGCAUAAAUAAAAUUGAAUGAAUGUGGAAUGCAAUAAUAUAUUAAUGUAAUCAUAUUAAUUUGUAUGGAUAGUUACACUGAGUUAAUAAUAAAACAUCUCUUUGAAGGGUU